AUGGCUGUCAUGUCUUCACUUGCCACCAGCGUGUGGGCCCAAGCUUUUGCCGCGCUUGGCCUGCUGCUCUUGACAAAGCUUGCCUGGGAUAUUUUCUUUUCGCCCUUGAGGGCCAUUCCCGGCCCAAUUCUAGCCAAGAUCACCGAUGCCUGGCGGGCUCUUCACACGCAUGGUGGCCGUGUCGAUUUGAAACAUCUUGAACUCCACCGCAAGUAUGGAACUGCAGUUGCAAUUGGUCCUAAUUGCGUGAGCAUUUCUGAUCCGAGCCUUAUUCGGACGAUCUACUCCACACGUAAUCCAUGGAAGAAGAGUGAUAUGUACCGACCUAACGAUGUGCUCAUCGAAGGUCAUCGUCUUAGUAACCUGUUUAACUCCCAGGAUGAGGAAUGGCAUAAUCAGAAUAUUCGGCCUAUUCGUAGUCUCUGGAGUAUGACCAAGGUCUUGGAAUAUGAGCCUCUUAUUGACGAGACACUCACCAAGUUUGUGAACAAGCUUGCGGAGAAGUUUGUGGAUGGCAAGAACGCUGGUACUGUCUGCCCAGCGGACGAAUGGAUCGGAUACUUCGCCUGGGAUGUCACCGCGAACUUCAGCUUCGGUCGUCACUAUGGCUUUAUUGACCAGGAGAAAGAUGUGGACAAUCUGAUCACCGACUCUACUGCUGGUUUAAUCUAUUUUGCUCCGGUCUCCCAAAUUCCCUGGAUUGACAACUUGCUCGACAAGAACCCAAUCAAGCGAAUCGGACCCAAGCCUACUCUCACUGGGGUCCUCUAUGCCUUCAAGGUCGUCGCUGAGUAUCAAGCCCAGCUCGCUGACAAGAAGGUCACCGCCGGCUCGGUAGACCACACCUUGGACAAAUACGUUCAACUCAAGGAGUCUUACCCCGACAUGGUCAACGACCAGCAGAUCGUGAAUUGGCUAAUGCUGAGCAUCCUAGCCGGUGGCGAUACCAGCUCUGCCACAAUGCGUGCUAUCCUGUACUAUCUGGCCAAGUCUCCCUCGGCAUCAUCGAAGCUCGCUGCCGAACUGCAAGCUGCCUCUCUCCCCACCCCGGCGCCUUGGAAAUCCAUCCGAGACCUGCCUUAUCUGGAUGCAGUUAUCCGCGAAUCGAUGCGCGUGAAUCCCGGCAUUGCAAUGAUCUUUGAGCGCGUAGUUCCAGAGGGUGGAUUCACUUUGCCUGAUGGCCGUUAUAUCCCCGCUGGUACGAAGGUUGGAUGUAACCCCUUCGUGACCAACCGGGACAGUGGUGUCUUUGGAGAGGAUGCGGAUGAAUUCAACCCCGAUCGCUGGCUUCAGGGCAAGAACGAAAGUGAUGAGCAAUUUGAGGCUCGUUCGCGGCGUAUGAAGGAUACCGUUGACUUUGUCUUCGGUGGUGGUGGUCGUAUCUGCAUGGGUCGUUAUUUGGCCAUGCUGGAGAUCAAGAAGCUGAUCGCGACGCUUUACAGUCUGUUUGACAUUCAACUGGUUGAUCCGAAGCACGAGUGGAAGUAUCGUGACGCUUGGUUUGUUUACCAGUAUGAUAUGCCCAUGAUCAUCAAGCGUCGUGGAUAG